CAGUGUGCGCGCACAUCUGAACAGCGACGGAAGCGCAUGAUGUGUCGGAAUUUGUAGGAACGAGGAAGACAUAUAGUCCAACCGAGAAGGAGAAGCCCGCCCUGGAUUACAGCUCUUUCAUGGAAUGUUCACUGAGGAGAACUGUCGUUUAUUUUUUUUACCAUCGGGAGUUUGUGAUAUGCGCACAAAGGUGAUAUGCGCACUGUGGGACCCUGAGGAAUAGGCCAUCAAAGUGUUCUGCGCGAAAUCCAGUGACAGAGUUUCCAGCUAUUCACCAUUAUUUAAGCGCGCACUCUAAGCAAAGUGAGAAAGCGAUAAUUAGCGAUAAGAGGUAUAGCGCAUCUCUGAUUCUACGAUAUGAGCACAUCAUCGCUUUAGCAGCCUAUGGACCAUGGCAUCAAAUGAAGAAGCGGUUAUUUGUCCGGUGCAGGCACCUACGCUCGCCAAGCACAGGGACUUCUGACAUUAUUUACGCACACUCAAAUAUCCGACCCCUGCUCUAUGCAGGGAGCAGAGGAGGCCGGUCUUAUUGUUAAAAGUCAGGACUGUCAUAUCUGGCAUCGGUGAGUGGGAGGUGAUUGACACCGUGGACACAGUGAGCGGACCUCACUAAAAAACCUCUCCAACAGUCGUCGUGCCAUCCUCACUUCUUACUCACUGUGAAGCGCUGUAACAAGAGAGUGAUGUGGACUAUUUGGGACUAUUCAUCAGUAAAGUUGGCUGCAGAAGUAGCAGUCCUCCCUGAGCACCAGGCCUGACUGUUAAUAGCUCAGCUCAGCCAGCCUGGUUCCCUCUCCUUCUUCCUGUGUCUGAUUCAGAGAGAAGCUCUGCCCAGCCUCCCACCCCUCCCCCCCCCCACCCCUCACGUUGUUGCAGGAGUUGAGUCUCUGCUGCCCAGGGAGGGCUCCAGACAUGUCCACCAAGGCGCCCAUAUACCUGAAGCGGCGGAGCAGGAAGGGUAAGAAAGAAAAGCUGCGGGACAUCCUCUCCUCGGACAUGAUCAGUCCUCCGCUUGGGGACUUCCGCCACACCAUCCACAUCGGCAGCGGCGGGGGGGAGGACAACCUAUUUGGGGACCUGUCCUUCCUGGAGGGGAAGUUCCACCUGCUCCCUGGGCAGCAGGGCGACUGCCUAUCCCAGCGCUCUUCCAUGUACGCAGAGCCCUUCCAGUUCAGCCAUACUGCCAGCAUCAGCGGACACACAGCCUCCUCAGAGAGCUCCCCCCUUCUGAAGAACGCCCUCUCUCUGCCCGUCAUUGGAGGGUUGCAGGCCAUCACCCUGCCCGUCACCUCUGCACCCCCCACUGUCUCCCACCCGCCUCAGAACGCAGCCCCCCCACCCAAACCUCCUCGACUGCACCUGGAUGACAAGAUCCUGAUGACCCAUCACCCAGGUCUGGACUCCCCCUUGGCCCAGACUCCCAGCAGGACUUCCCAGUUCUGCCCACCCUCUCCCAGGUUUUCAUCAGACAACGAUGUGUGUAUCCAGGACCCCUAUCUGGAUGACCGGGUUCAGGAGCGUCCCUACUUGUCCAAUGCAGGCUCCCUGCUCUCCCUGCACCUGGACCUGGGCCCCUCCAUCCUGGAUGACGUGCUGCAGAUCAUGGACCGCCAGCGCCUCAAUGGCCUCAACGGAACCUGUCUGCAGGGAGGACGGCAAGAGCUCUACACCUGACCAUGGGAAGUCCUCCUCCCUCGGUCCUCUGUCCCUCGUAGUGUAACACAGGAGGUUCUGACCUCAACCAGGCCUUGCUUGAUCACAAGGCUGGGUUUGUACAGUAGUUUGCUCAUAUUAAGUGCUUUUUUUCUGGAACUUAACAUCAGUUUCUGUUAGUGUUUUAAUUGAUAUUGAAUAUCUUUCUACACUUUUCCAUAUUUGAAUUACUUAAUGUAGGAAGUGUUGUCUAAUGAGGUGACAUGAGCCAAAAGCUGACUGUUAAAUCUCCUUUGCCCUUCCUCCAAAGAGUACAUGAAGAGAUUGGGGAAAGAAUACACUGCUGGUCAGGAACUGAGGUCAGCAUAUCUGUUUGGGCUAAUAUGUCAGUGGGAAGGGUAUGGUAAACUUGAAGGUCAGUGUUAGAUCAUUUUUUUACUGCACCUGAGCUGUAGACUACUCUACGUACUCCGAAGAUCACAGUUUGCUGCGCGUGUCAUACAGAUUUCUCCAGCUUAUGAAGCUAUUCUGGAACAGACAUUCUAUUCAGACUCUACUUGAUUGGGGAUAUUGUUCUCAAAGACACACACUUACGGAAAGAUGAACUGUACAACAGGGAUGAUGUCAUCUCUGCAAGGACAGAGAGCCAGAGUGGGAGAGGAGGUCACCUCCCUGAGUCUCUGUCUUCAGCUUUUUGUUCAUUUUUACUGCAAGAUUGUGAAAGUUAUAACUUUGUAUCAGGAGAGACACUGAGUGUUGGAGAGUGCAGUUCCAUAUCUGUCGUCCUUUCAGCAGAUCUACAGAGCAAAGCGCUCUGUUUUUACUGGCUCUCAGGCUCUGGUCAUUGAGAUGUUGGACACGUUUUGAUUCACAACCUGAGACUGCUCAUAAAGAGAUUCUCACCGCUGUAGCCAUCCAAGUCCUUGUGUUGCUCCAACUAUCUCUGUACCAACACAGAAAAGUUCACAAUCAGACUAUUACCAAUGUUAUCUUGAAUUCUAGUGACAAGAUACUUCAGUGUUUGCAGUAGAAUACAGCGUAGAGUUGCUGGAACACCAAUUGCUGCAUGGGGUAUAUAUUUUUCUAUUUCAGUAUUACAUCAACAACAAUGUAGCAAUCAACUGGAUAAUGAUAACAGGUUAAUGAUUCUUCACAAACCCAAUAAGAAAUGCUUUAUUAUUUGCACCCAAAGGUGCACUGAUUCACUUCAACAUUGUACAAAUGAUUUCAAAAGUGAAAUGAUAGAUCAUUUAGAACAUACGUUGGUUCUUUGAUAACGGUGGACCAAUGAUGUGCAGGUCUACCUUAAGAAUGGCAAAAAACGCUGGAUACCCGUUAACCCAUUUAUAAUGUACCCAACAGGGGUUCUAUACAUUACAUGUCCUCCUGUAGGCUAACAUACAUUACAUUAAUGCAUAACGCUAAACAAUAUCGUUAUAGUAUUAUAUUUGAUUAAUCUCAUAUUAGAUCAAAUGUCUUGAUACUUUCACACACUUACUAAAGCACUAUAAACCUGUUGGCAUUGUAACUGCAUAUAUCUACGUUAAUUACAGCUUUUAAACUGCUCUAUAAUUCUGUUUACUUUUGGAUAUCAACUCAUCAGAUCAAAUCUAUCAAAAUAUAAUGUUCUCACUCCAUACAUACCCACCCUGUCACAGGCGUCCAGUAGCACCUUAAUUGAAGGGAAUGGGCUCAUUUUUAAAAAAUGAACUAAUGACUGCUCAAACCCUCCCUUAACCCGGACGACAUUGGGCUAAUUGUGCGCCGUCCUAUGGGACUCCCGAUCACGGCAUGUUGUGAUACAGCCCGGGAUCAAACCAGAGUCUGUAGUGACACCUCUAAAACUGAGAUGCAGUGCCUUAGACCGCUGCGCCACUCAGGAGAAAAUCAUAGUAAUGGCUGGAACGGAAUAAAUGGAUUGGUAUCGAACACAUCAAAUAAAUGGUUUCCACGUGUUUGAUACCAUUCCAUUCACUCAAUUCCAGACAUUAUUAUGAGUCAUCCUCCCCUCAGCAGCCUCCUGUGCACCCUGUGCAUGCUCAAGUGAUUACUAAAUUAGAUGGAAAAUAACUUGGGCUCCAUAGCUGACAUGUUGAGAAGAGGACUAUAUUAAUAGACAUAUGUUGCAGAGAGAGAGAGAGAGAGAGGAUGUGAUUAGAGGUGCUGCAGUGCAGUCUGUUUGGACUCUGCGAGAGAGAGAGAGAGAAAGGAUAUGGUAAGAUGUGCUGCAGUGCAGUCUGUCUGGAGCUGGAGCCAGAGCCUGCAGUGCAGUCUGUCCUGCUGACCAUGGCCAGGCCAGAAUGGUGUUACGUAAGCCUGUGUCUGUUUCCUCUGGAGCUCUGCUGACAGAUCUGCAGCCAGCCACUCAGUGACAGGGGAGCUGUACGGUGCAGAACAUUGUGUCAGGCUCUCCUGCAGCGUUUGGGACAGCACCUGUUGACAGACUGACAUCAACACUACUAACCUUCACUGGCUCCUGCAACUGCAAUAAAUCCAGAUUUCUAUAAUCUACUCAGUUGUAUGCUGCACCUAAUGACUAUGGUAACAUAUUUUGGUGUUACUCUUUAUGUUGUGAUAUGCAUGGUAUGCCUCCUACAACAACUGAACUCAAGUUAUUUUGGCAUGUUUCCUAUUGUAUCUAGCUACUAGUCUAGACCUCCAAGUAAGUGUUGGCUGUUUUAGAAAGUGGUUGCAGCAUACAGAGCCAAAACCCUUUGUCGUCAUCACUCCGUUUAUCAUAGUUGCACUGGCUUCUGCCAAUACCUGAAUCGCCAGAUAUGAGGCUCCACUUCCCUACAUAUUUAUUUGGACAGUGAAGCUAAAACUUUUAAUUUGGUUCUAUACUCCACCAUUUUGGAUUUGAGAUCAAAUGUUUUAUAUGAGGCGAUGGAACAAAAUGUCACCUUUUUAUUUAGGGUAUUUUUCAUAUAUAUACAGUAUGUUUUACCGUUUAGAAAUGAAAGAACUUUGUAUGUAGUCCCCCCAUUUUGAAGGUAUCAUAAGUAUUUGGACAAAUUCACUUAGUGUAUUAAAGUAGUCAAAAGUACAACUCUACUCUGUAACUUUCUCACUCAUCAUUAUUCACGAUUCAUUCAUGAUUAUCCAUAAUCAUGGUAGCUUCCAAAUUAAUGUACAAAUGCUCAGAAACAUUCUAUAUUAUUCACAAUAAAGUGACUCCAAAA